AUGAUAUUUGCCGCUUAUGGAUUAUGGAUUGCCGCUUUUGUAUUUGAUAUUAUUCUUAAACCAGCUGCCUCUUUAGCUAAUACUUCAGUUGUAUUAAUCUCCGUUUGCGAGAAACAACUCCCAGUACCGAGCGAAUUAUCGCCAUAUAUAGAAUUAGUAUUAUGUCCUGGUAGACAGCAACCAUGGAAUUGUGCACGUGAUCAAACAGCAAGACUACUAGAUGAAAUGAAUGAUAUUGUAAAAUAUCAAUGGCAGAUGUUAAAAGCUGAAGCUGAUCGUGAAUUGAACACCACUUUGUUGCAACGAGGAUUUAGUUCAUCUGAUGUUAAAGAGAAACCAUCUACAAUAUUGAAGAAAAUAGAAAUCGGAACAAAUUUUAUCCAAAAUUUUGUUGAACAAACUGCAGAUGUUGUGAUGGGUCGUGAAAGAAAUGAUUACGAUGAUGAAGAGGAUGAUGAUGACGAUGAUGAAGAUGAAAAUGAUGACGAUGAUGAUGAUGUAGAAGAAAAUGUUAUAAAUAAAAAUUCAAAAACAAAAACUGAUAAUAAAAAUCAAAUACAAAAAAAACAAGCCGAAGAAUUAAAAAAAAAAGGACAAAUUAGUCAUCUUCAACCAGCUUUAGUUUUAGUACAGUCACAAAAACCACAACAUGGAAUAAGUUUAGGUGGUCACGGUGGUGGUGGUCAUGGCGGUCAUGGCGGUGGUCAUCUUAGUAAUCUUAUUGGUCAUAAAAUUGGACAUAAAUUGAAGAAGAAGAAGAAACGACCGUUCGGUGGACAUGGAGGAUUAUUAGGUGGUGGUCAUGGCGGCAGUUUAAUGUCUUUUUUCCAUCAAAAUAGUGAAAUUGGCACAAGUGCACUAAGUUUUCUUGAGGAUCUUCUGGAUUCAGGUGUUAGCGGAAUACCGCAUACUCAUGGGCUGAGUUCUAUUAAUAAUGGUAGAAGUAUAGGAGUGGGUCGCGGUAAAAAGAAGAAGAAGAAGGCUCUUAUGAAACUUAUGUUAAUCGGAACAAUUAUCAAAGGGAAAAUUGAAUUGUUAUUGAAAAUUUUAUCAGCUCAUUUACAAGUUAAAUUCUUUGCGAUUGCAUUAGUUGGUUUAAUUAUAAAUAUAGCUAGAUUUUGGAUUGAUAUUAGAAGAGGUGGUGUACCACAAAAGCAUCAUUACGAAGAUCAUGGUAAUAUUGCAUCUGGCGAUGAUUGGACAGCUGGUACCGGACCAUCAUCAAAUUCUGGAUAUUGGAAACGUUCACUUGGUGAAAAAAAACGUGAAGCAAAAUCAUUCCCACCAUCUGAAGAGAAUAGUAGCACAAGUUAUGGUAACAGUCCAGUAUAUACUAAUAAUGCUGAACAUUUUUCAGCUGGAGCAUAUAAUUCCGAUCCAUCAUAUCUUGCAUAUUCAAGUCAAUUGCCAAGUUAUUAUUAAAAAAAAAAAAAUUGGAACGAAAUGCAGUUUCAAAACAAAAAAACAAAGACAACACAUACAAACAUACCAAUUACAUAUUACACAAAACAUAUACAAAAACACAUAUACAAAUAUUAAUUUUUAAUUAAAUAAUUAUUAUUUAUAU